CACACACUCACACACACACACUCACUCACACACACGCUCACACACACACACCGGCAUCAUGCUGUCGGCCGUGGCUAAGCUGUGCUGUGGGAUUUCAUACCAACAUCUCCGGAGUGUGACAGGUCUGCAGCGUACGGCCAUGGCAGCUUUAGGGCAGGAAAUCGCCCACAUGCAGAAGACAGGAAGAGUGUCAGUGGGGAGCAGGAGCUGGGACGUGGCGUGGAGCUGGAGGAACAUCAGCGAGGAGACGGAGCGGACAGACGGACGGCGUGAUGGCGUGGAGGACACGGACCUGUCGUACCAGCAGCAGGGACAGGAAGCUCUACAGAGAGCGCUGGACAUCACACGGAACGUUGACGGCUGGAGGACGGAAAUCACAGAGGACAGUGGUGACGUGAUCUACAGUAAAGUGGUUCAGGGGAACCGUAAGGUGUUCAGACUGGAGGCUGAACUCGACGCCUCUCCUGAUGAGUUAUACGAGGUUCUGUUUGUUAAAGUGGAGGAGAUGAACGAGUGGAACCCCAGCAUCGCACACAUCAAGGUCCUGAAACACAUAGGGAAGGAAACCAUGGUAACGCACGAGGUUUCAGCGGGAAAAGCGGGGAAUCUUAUUGGUCAGCGGGAUUUCCUGAGUGUCAGGCAUUCGCUGAAGACGAAGCGUUGUAUUUACCUGGGCGGAGCUGCGACUCACCUGGAGGCUUUUCCACCGCAGCCAGGAUUCAUCAGAGCUGAAGAUGGUCCCACGUGUAUCAUAAUCCAGCCGUCACCAGGCUGCGCUGGAAAGAGCAAGUUCACCUGGCUGCUCAACAUGGACGUGAAGGGCUGGCUUCCUAAAUCUUUGGUGAAUCAGGCGCUCCCUCAGGCUCAACUCGACUUCACGAGACACCUACGAAGACGACUGGAGAUGAGCAGGAAAUGAGCUGUUGCUAACACACACACACACACACACACACACACACACACACACACACACACACAUGCACAAUUGGACUAAAAUCAUCCUGACAUUCAGGUUCAAAAGUCUGAAUGAGGGACCAAAAAACUGGUUACAUUUCACUGUAUCAAACACACAGAUGAUGAUGAAGAUGAAGAUGAAGAUGAUGAUGAUGAUGAUGAUGAUGAUAUAGGAAUGAUGACAUGAAACACAAACCUCAUCUGUAGUUCCGUUUUCUUUUUUCCCAACAGAAAGCUCAGAUGUGGAAAAUGAUCAUUUUAAUUAUUCCUCAUUAAGGUUUACUCACAUGAACAUUCUUAAAUAAAAAUUAAAAAAAUCAAAUCAAAUUGAUCUAAUGUUCCUGAUUAUGAGAUUAUAUAACUAAUAUACAAUUAUGACUAAUCUUUACAUUUUUUUCUAAUUUCAAACUUUAAAUCAUUUAAGAAUGUUUUGAUUUAAUGCUUUCACAAAAGUCCCUUGUAGAAUCUGUGAAAUAUUUCCACACGGCCGACAUUUUCAUUUUCAGAAGAAAGAAGUCAUUUUUCAGAUGUUUCACAAAAUACAGCAAUAAAUAGCAAUUUGCAGAAUGUAAUUUGAUGACAGAAGAAAAAAAUAUAUAAAAUAAAAUACUACACUUCCUAUCCAUAUCAUUCCAAAUAUCACAUUUCUAUAAAGUUACAUCCCUAAUUCCUAAUAAAUCUAUUGAACUGACGUUAACUUACUCAAUCAUACUGUACAUUGGUUUAUAGCUGCUAUAAUGUC